UUCACCGUAACCUUUCCCGCUCGCUCUUUGGACUCUCUAGAUUGCUCAGAGUCUCGAAUCAAAUUCUCACUGCCAAUAAGACCAGAGGCUGGAGCCGAAGAAGAAAAAAAUAAUCUAUGGGGGAAGACGCAGGAAGAGAUUUGGAAUGCCAGAAGAUUAUGGAUGGGAAGGUGAAUAGUGGGAGUGGCUCAGAGAAGGUUGUCCCUUCUUGUUGCUUGAAGGCCAGGGUUUCAGCCCCUGAGCUUGAGGCAAAAUGCCAUUCAACUGUUGUUUCUGGGUGGUUCUCGGAAUCUCAGUCUUCCUCUGAUAAAGCUGGUAAAAUGGUCUACUUCAACAAUCCUAUGUGGCCUGGAGAAGCACAUUCUCUGAAAGUUAAAAGCAUUUUAUUCAAGGAGAAAUCAGACUACCAAGAGGUCCUUGUUUUUGAGUCAUCAACGUACGGGAAAGUGCUUGUUCUUGAUGGAAUAGUUCAGUUGACCGAGAAAGAUGAAUGUGCAUAUCAGGAGAUGAUAGCUCAUCUUCCACUUUGUUCAAUUCCAUCUCCCAAAACUGUCCUGGUUGUUGGAGGUGGUGAUGGUGGGGUCCUUAGGGAGAUUUCUCGGCACAGCUCUGUUGAGCACAUUGAUAUAUGCGAAAUAGAUAAGAUGGUUAUAGAUGUUUCCAAGAAGUUCUUUCCAGAAUUAGCUGUUGGAUUUGAGGACCCUCGCGUUCAUCUUCAUGUUGGUGAUGCUAUUGAGUUUCUUCGUCAUGUUCCAAAAGCAAAGUAUGAUGCGAUCAUUGUUGAUUCAUCAGAUCCUGUAGGUCCUGCUCAAGAGCUUGUAGAAAAACCAUUUUUUGAGACUAUAGCACAAGCAUUAAGGCCUGGUGGUGUCCUCUGUAACAUGGCGGAGAGUAUGUGGCUUCAUACACAUUUAAUUGAAGAUAUGCUUUCUGUUUGCCGUGAAACAUUCAAGGGUUGUGUUCAUUAUGCAUGGACAAGUGUUCCAACUUAUCCUAGUGGUGUGAUUGGCUUCCUGUUAUGCUCCACAGAGGGACAACCUGUUGAUUUUCUGAAUCCCAUAAACCCUAUUGAGAAGCUAGACGGAGCUUACCAUCAUAAGAGAGAACUUAGAUUUUACAACUCUGAGAUGCAUAGGGCUGCUUUUGCGUUACCUCCAUUCCUGAAGAGGGAGGUGAGGCUACUUCGAGACUGAUGCUCCAGAACAAGGAACCUGCCUCUCCCGGAAUCAAAUAUGUAGACUUGCGAUUGGUUACUUAACUUUUUCUCAUAAACUGAAAUACUCCCAUUCAGGACAUAGAUAGUAAAUAAACGUUUCCAACUUGUAGGUGCAACUGGAGCCAUUCUAGUAUGUGUUAUGGUUUAAUUUUAAGGAAUACGUAGCAUAGGAGACUUAAUCGAACGGGUUGUGAUGCAGUAGUGUGCUUGCCUGAUUCGUGGUGCUUCAAAUGUCUUUCAAGUCAGUGUUAUGGACUUGACAACAUUGAAACACCUGAAGAAAAAGAUGACAAAAAUAAGGUAUCA